AUGUCCCGCGAAGCCUCUACGAUCUCCGAAGAAGUUUCUUCCCACUCGUCUAGGCGAUGGACCAACUUCAUGGACCUUCCAAACGAGCUGCUCGUCAUUAUCAUCGACUUCGUUGGCCCCCCUGAUCUCUCUUGCUGUGACCCCGGCUGGCUCGUGGUGCCAGCAGUCUGUCGUCGACUCAAGGAGGCAGCGAGCAAGGUGCCUGAAUGGGAGUCUGGCGUCCCUGUUAUGGGUGGCCGCUACGGCUGGCAUACCCUGACGCGCUACAGUAAAAUCGGCAUGCCCGCCAAUACCCCUGAUCGAGGGAUUUUUAUCAGAGACCAGUCACACAACAGGACAUUGCAUUGUUACCCAGUCUACAAGGAUGGGAGCGUAACAUAUCCCGAGGCGCGCUAUAGCUACCGCGCCAGCAGUCUUGAAUGGAAAUCUGGCGAGGACGCUCUUCGAGCUGUCAAUCAACACUUCGAUGGUCUUCCGCUUCAUGGACGGCGUAGUCUCAAUCUUACAUGGAUAACCGACCUCUCUAUCUCGUUCCGUGGCGAUUUUCCCAAUGCUCUUGCGUCCCAUUCAGACUCUCCGUUGGAUAGAUUGCCGUGCAUUGUUGCGCCAGCACUGCGGGAACUCUACCUCAACCGUUACGUAGCAGACUGGCAGGCCCCGCACCUCAAACGUCUUCGGAUUGAAAUGGACAAUCCUUUGUACCAGGAAGCUUCUAUAAACUACCGCUACUCGCCGACGCGUCUCCUCUUGCAAUUGCACGAAUCACGUUUGACUCUUGAGAGUGUCCACCUACGCCAUUGUCUUCUCGCGGCGUCUGAGGACGAUCAUCCUGAAGGUUCACGGCGGGAUCCUGUGCGCUUGUUCCCUCUCCUGAAGGACUUCGAGAUAACCGAGACGUUAGACAUGACAAACUGGUUGUGUUGCCGCAUCGGCUUUCCACCCGGGAACCCUCCGAUCGUCAACGGGCCGUAUGGCUCUGCUAUCAACGUCCUUCGCUCUCUUGCUUGCGCAUAUGCCCGCUCGGCUCCAUAUCCUAAGCCUGCCCACUCUGGGUUUCACGGCGAGCUUGAUGCUCUGACGUUCCGCGAGUCGAACGAGCACGAGGGUGUUGGUUGUCUUGUCACUGGAAGCCGCGUCACGGGCUUGGACAGACCUUGGCGGAGCCAGGUUCCUGACCAUAACUUGCAGGAAUACGCACUAGGCUGUAUAGCGCGUUAUAUCGAUUUUGACGAGGAGCAGGACGCCAGGCAGCUUGAGAGAAAGGUGUCCGGUAUCGAGCCGGUGUUCAUAGCCGACUUGCCCUGGAGUGCUGAGGACUGGAGCGCACCUCCGUCGCCCCAUGAUGGUACUUGUGGUAACCAAUGCACGGCGCUGCACGGGGUGAAAUAUGUCUUCUUCAACGGCAUGAAGGGCCGGGUGAUCAAAAACGAGAGCGACGUCGAGGUCUGGACCUCCGUGCUCCGUAAUCUUCCCAGUGUACACACCCUGUACCUCUAUGCGCCAACUCCUGCCGCUCUUCAGCCCCUCAUCGACGAGCCCAACCUCCUUCCAAAUCUACGUACCUUGUGGCUGGGACGAGAUAACUGCUCAAAGGGAGACGGCGAUAGGGAGGGAUAUGAGUAUGGAGACCCCGGGUGGUACGGUUACAACAGUUUGGACGAGGAGGACAGUUCAGACUCGAGCAGCGAUUCGGAGGCCGAUAACGAUAGGGAAGGGGAAUCGGAUGAGCAGCGGAUUGCAGGUCUCUCCCCAAAGCGCCGCGUCCGGCCUCCGAAGGGAAAGGUCGAUGCCGGACUGAUGCUGAACAUACUCCGGCGACGCAACCUGGUGCUCGCGUUUGUGAACAUGGAAGUUGUGGGCGAUCCGCGGGACGUGGAGACGUUGAAUGGGCUGCUUUACGAGUCUGACUGA